AUGAAUACGAACAAAAAUAAAACGUUUCACAAAAAACUGAAGAAUAAAAGAGUAAUCAAGGAAUUUUCCUACGUUUCUUUUAAGAAGGAAAUUGCGAAGCUGUACGAAGAGGAGAAGGACUUCUUUAAGCAGAUGCAUAAUGGAACUCUAUCGUCGAAAGAUGUUGUAAAAUGUGACGGGGUGAGUGAAGAGUGUGGGGAGCAGCACGUGGGGCAACAGAAGAAGCGGCACACGGAGCGGCUGCUGGGAGAGACACAGAAACUGCCAGCGGAGCAGCGAGACGGGGGGCACCCCCUUGAUUGUGUCGGGUUAGUGGUCAAAGUACAGAAAGAACAUACGACGGCGCACCCUUUACAACCAAAGAGCGACAAAAGACAAGAGGCCACCAAGGGGGAGAAUCCCAAAGGAGGUGCAACAGGCCGAGUCGAUGUUCUGAGAGCACCAUUCCUGGGGGACAAAGACACGGAAAGUUUCCACUCGUGUUCUAUGGAGAAGCACGUCGAGGGGGAUAGCGCGAUGAGUGCAGUGAGCCGUGUGGAGAGGAAGAAGCCCCAAAUGGGGGAAGCCAAGUUGGAGCAGGCGAAGAAGGGGGAGAAGUUGAAGAAGGGGGAGAAGCUGAAGAAGGGGAAGAAGUUGGAGUCGCCAGAGAAGUUGGAACCGGUGGAUAAGUCGAAGAAGUCGGAGCAGGCAGAAAAGGAAGUCAUAAAGCAAGUGCUACAAAUCAUUAUAACGAAAAAAAAAAUCACUGAUAUUGUAAAAACGCACUUUGAUGAGAAGAAGAUAAAAUUUAUAAGCACACAAAUGAUGAGAUACAUUUUAAAGAAGGCACAAAAAAACGUGGACUUCCAGAUGAUAAAGAUUCUUCUGAUUCAGAAUGUGGACAAGAAGAACAUAGAGAGCACAAUAAACACCAAGGGGAAAAGGAAGUUAUUCAAAAAUUAUAUUUUUUCCAAGCAGAAAGUGAGGGCCAUAGAGUGUGUUCUUCUUCACAUUGCUCAGAUGGACGAAGAGCAUUUCACUUUUCGUGAGGCUUAUAAUGAGUUAGACAUAUCUUCCGAUGAGUACCUGCUGUGUGUGGAAGCCGUGUGUGUUUAUCUGACCAAGAACGUGCAGAAGGAUAAGGCGAAUUAUAAAAAAUACUUGGCUAUACAUCGGCACGUUAGGGAACUUUUGCGUGAAAAUUCCAGUGCAUAUGAGAGCGCCAGUAGUAGAUCCGUACAUGGCACCACGGGAGUGGAUACGCAGGAAGAUGAGGACAGUCAGAGAAUCAAAGAGAAGAAAAAGAAGAAGAAAAAGAAAACCAAAAAUAAUGCCACUGAGGCAGAGGCGGACGAUAUUGCCCCUCUGCGCAAUGACGAGGGGGGAUGUGCGAGCUGCAAGACCGGGGGGAACAGCGGCAGAGCUGAAGGGGGGGGACCCACAAACAGCAGCACAGACAGGAGCAGCAUAGAUAAAAGCAGCACCGCCAAGAGUCUCGCAAAGAGCACCAUCGCGAAAGUUCCACAUCAACCCGAUGCGCACCACGAAGGCUCUGAAAAACUGCUCAAAAUGGUGAACGAAGAAAUGAAAAAAAGGGACCGCGAAAUUGACACACUAAAAAAGUCACUGGAGCUGAUAGAGAAGAAUGUGAAGCUGCUGCUGAGGAAGAGUGACGUGAGGACAGAUUCGGUGGAGGACUCGUUGGAGGCUUCCAGAACGAGCAACUCUUCUUAUUGCAGCGCGGAGAGGGCACCUCCACGUGUGAAGUCAGCCGUGAAGUUAGCCUCCAAGUCAGCCGAGAAGUCAUCUGUCAAGUUAGCCGCGAAGACAGCCGCAGAAUCACCUGUAGCCAUCCCUAUAAGCGACGAAGAUGUAACGUCGUUCAGGCAAAAGGCAUUCGUCCUGAUGAAUCUGUUGAGUGAGCACCUCACCGAGAAGGAAACCAAAACAGGCGCAAGUUCGAAGAAGCAAACGGAAGGGGAGCCACUAACCCUGAAUUAUCUGAACGAUGAGAUUGACAGACUGAUAGGACUCAUGACGAGGGGCGACAAACCGUGUGUCUACAAACCGUGUGUCUACAAACCGUGUGUCUACAAACCGCGUAGCUCCAAACCGUGUGGCGACGUGGGGCAAAACAGCAGUGAGGUGUGGAGCCCCUCGGAGGGAGCCUCCAACUUCGAGGAAGAACGAAACAAAUUGGUAUCUCCCCAAAUGAAGGGAAUCAACAAAAAGGGAAAGGCAACCAAAGUUGAGCAUUUCGAAGAGCAAUUCCCCCAGCAGUCCCACGAGCAGAUAAGUGUGGAAGUAUCAAAUAUGGGGAGAAAAGCAGUAGACAGGGAAGGGAACAGAAUUGUACACACGACGGGGAAAACUGUUUCUGGGAAAAUGGGCUCCUCUAAAGUGAGCUCCUCCAAAGUGGUUUCCCCAAAAGUGGAUUCUUCCAAAGUGGGCCCCUCCAAAGUCGGGUCAACAUCCGAGUUAAAGAAAAACGAUUUGUCCAAGAUGGAGAUGAAGGUUUCCCCACAAAGCAGAUACACAGACAGGGUGAAAGAAAGGCAAAAGAAAUCAUCCAUUUACGCAUAUGAUAUAGGUACCACGCGGUGGAACAACCCCUACAGCGUACUUGAACCCAAAAGGGAAAGGAAAAAAAAUAGCAUCGUUGAAUACGUUAAUAAUUUUAUGAACACUGUAGCGACUGAUCAGAGGAACAAAGAAAUAUCAUCUCUGGAGAGUAGCAAAAGGGAAGACAUAAUUACUUCUCAAAACACUAGCUCGGAUGCAUCUGUCAUUGUCGUGAACACGAAUAGGAGGAGAAACUAUUUCCAAGAAUACAUGAAUUACUGCAAUGAGGCUGACGAGGAUGAUGGGGAUGGAGAGCAGAGUGACCUCGUACCGGUGAAUAAGGCCUCCCAUGUGUACUCCAGGGGCGGGAGGACCACAAACCAGUGGAAACGCGAGAAUAAAGAGAAAAGAGAAAAGGAGGCGGAGGAAGAUAAAGAAGGGGGGAACGAAAACCGGGCCAAAAGCGAACACCUGAUGAAUCUGAAUGCGAAACAGACCAACCGCAUGCUGAGCAUCGGUAAGCUUAACAGCAAUAACACGACGACGACAAACCACAGCGUACAGAGGCGACACACCGGAGUUGCGGAGAACAGUGAUCGGAAUGAGGAGGAAGAUAAGGGGAAGAAGAAACAGAAAGAGCAGAAGGGAAGCGCUCAUGAGGUGGUGCAGGCGCUAGCGCAGGGGAUAGUAAUAGCGGGUAGACGGGACGGAAGGGAGGAGAACCCAGCCAAGGAAAGGAAGAAUAAAGAAGGCGAAGAGAGGGAUAAGAAGCAGAGUGAGAAAAAAGACGAAAAAGACGAAAGUGACGAUGAGGAGGAGGAUGAAAAGAAGACGAAACAACCUCCGCAGCAGUUGGACGAGCUGGACAAGGUGAGCGACCAUACCACGGAAAGCGGCGACAGCGUCGUCUACAACUACAACCUCUACAACGCCAUCUACGAUAUGAACGAACAGUUUUCCAGUAUGGUGAAAAAUAUGUACUUAGACGAAGACGUUGGGGGGGGGACCGUUGGAGGGGCUCCGGAAAAUGAAAAGGCGAAGUCGAAGGGGAAGAAGGAAAAGGGAAAAAAAGGAAGCAAGGGGCUCCAGCAGGAAGUGGAAGAAGACUCGGGCCAAGUGAGUGACAUCGCAGAGAGUGGCGAAAAAAGGAGGAGACAGGAGAAACUGAAGAAGAAGGCCAAAAAGAAGGAAGAGAAACGGAGAAGGAAGGAACUGCUGCUGGAAGAAAAGAGGAAAGUGAAGGAAACAAGAAAGGAACAGAAGAAAAAAAUAAAAGAAAUGAAAAAGGAAGAAAAGAGGAAAAUGAAGGAGGCGGAAAGGGAGAAGAAGCAGAAGCUGAAGGAGGCGCAGGAAUCGAAGGAGGCGAAAAAGGCCAAGAAGGCCAAGGAGGCGAAGAAGGAAAAGAAGGCAAAACGGAUUGCAGCCAAAGCAGCCGCAAAGGUAGAGGAAAAGUCGGGCGCAAGCCCAGCGGCCGGGCGCGUGGAGGGAAACCUCACAGAGUACUCCUCCAUGAGGGAGAACAAUCCCAGUGAAGACACUCAGGCGGGACCCCCCCCAAACAACGACUACAACUUCAUCGAUGCCACGUCCAGUGAAAGGCAGAAGAGGAUGAAGACGCACGGGGGGAGGACCAUAUACGAUGAAUACAUAACUCAGGAGAAGGCAAUUAGGGGCAUCAUCAAGAAGAAGUACAUACGGGGCAUCCUCACCGUCCGGAGGCACGACUACGGGUUUGUCAUCUGCAACGACAGGAAGGUGCACAUAAAGUCGAAGAAGGACAUGAACAGAGCGAUCGACGGGGACGCAGUGGUGAUCAAGCUGAAGAGGGACAAAAGGGGAGAGGCAAGCGAGGUUGGAGAAGAGAAAUGGGGAAGAAAGAUCACCCAUAAGGAGCACAGAAAGGGGGGAGCAAAGUCCAGCGCCUGGCUGGAGGAGAAGAAGGAAGACGAACUUACAGGGAAAAUAAUCUACAUAGAAGAACACCACGGGUCGAACAUCCAAUACGUCUGCAUCUUUAGAGAAAAAAUGAAAAAGCAAAAGUUCAGUAUGGCCAUCCCAUUUAAAAAAAGCAUCCCAUUUAUUAAGGUAGAAAACAAACACAUAAUUGAGUUCAUGAAGAGGAGUAACGUCAUGGACAUAACGAACCAGCUGGUCUAUAUAAAAAUAUUUCGAUGGAAUACAAAUGAAUUGUUCCCACAAGGGAGAAUUGUAGAGCUGCUUGGGCAGAAUGACUUGUUUCACAACAUGCAAAAUGCUAUUUUGCUAAACCACAAUUUAAACUUCAAUUUGAAAGAACCUUUGGAAGAUAACUUUUUAAAAAAAUUGAAGAACAAAGACAUUCUAUACAGCGAUAUAAUGAAUGAGGAAGUAAAGAAAAGAAUUGACUUGAGUAAAAAAUGCAUCUUCACCAUAGAUCCAGAAACUGCCAGGGAUCUGGAUGAUGCCAUUAACAUCAGCCGAAUAAGUAAAAAAAAAAUCGUCCAGUGUAAUUUUUACAUUAAAGUUAUUCACAACUUGAUGGUCCACAAUGGAGAAAUCGAGGAGUCCAUUUUGCAAAAAAAUCUCUCUUUUUUUGUUAAAGAGGAUGAUGAUUUUUUCCAGACACUGAAGGAGAAUAAAUACAUCAAGGAGAUGGAAGAUAUUAAGUACGAAAAUUUUGUCAAAAAUAAAAUGGAAGGGGAUAAAAAAAAAAAAAAAAAAAAAAAAAACUUAGGGGAAGAAGCUGUGAAAAAGUACACUGGGGGGGAUUACCAGCAUUAUCACGUGGAUAAACCCCGUGGUAACUCCUCUAGGAAAAGGAAGAACCGCCCCGAUGAGACGUACACCCGUUACGCAGACGGGGCGAAUCAACAUAUGGAAAGCAGCAGCCUCGCGGAGGGAAGCUCCCUGCAUAAAGGCAGCAGUAGCGAACAGGUCACAGCGAACUACCACCACGUGGUAGGGAAUAAGAAGGGAAGGUCCAAGUAUGAUCCCCUCAGGGCGCACAAAAAUUAUGGUGAGUCGGAAUCGGACACGGGGAUCCGCAGCACCGCGAGGGGAGCACAUAGAGGUGUAAGGAAGGGCGAAAUGAAGGGCGGAAGGAGAAAAAGGGACAGUCACCUGGGGAGCUGCCAAAACCCGUUUGAGGAUUCCUCUAUGUGUAAUUCUGGCGGGGGUAGGCAGAAUGAGGAGGAUAGCGGUGACGACGAGGGGGAAAGCGGUGACAGUGAGGUGGAUAGCGGUAACCAGGAUGGAGAUGACGGUAACAGUAAUGGAAACCGUAACGGUAACUACCAUCGGCAUGUCAACAUGGAUUAUCGCGCCAGCCCUAGCAAGCUCGCCAAGUACCAGCAUAUCUUCAAAAAGUACCUGAACGAAGACAUAGGGAGGGACGUCCUGAGCAACAACGACUUGUUCUGCGAAAAGUGCAAGAGAAACAUAACCCUGAAGGAAAUAAUAAGAGACAUGACGGAGAAGAAGUGGAAAAGGUACAACUUGUUCGAAGUGGGAGUGCACAUCACAGACGUUUCCUAUUUCAUCAAAGAAAACUCUUCCCUCGACAUCGAUGCGCGGAAUAGAGCUAUGACGAUUUAUCUGACGCAUACUUGCUUCCCCAUGAUUUCUCGCAUUUUAAGUGAGUGUUUGUGUAGCCUGGACCCUAUUAGCAGUCGCUUAUCCUUGUCGAUAUUUUUUUACAUGGAUAGUGCAGGCAGAAUGGAUCAUAAUUCUUUCUUCAUCAAGGAGAGCAUAAUAAACAGCAAGGUGAGAUUUACUUAUGAGGAGGUAUACUUGCUUGUGAAACAUUAUAGCAAAUUGAGAAAGGUAAUUAACCGUUUGAUGAAGGAGGAACGCAACAGGGGGGGUACGCCCUUUUUGGGAGUCCCCGCUGGGGGGGAUAGUGCUGCGUGGGGGAAGCAGCAGGAGGGAGAUGAUUCCCUGAUGGGAGCAACUGUUGGAGAAGCUCUCCAUUUGGGAGAACACGCCAAACAGGGUAUACACGAUAUACACACCGCGGAAAAUGGUCAAAGUUGUCAAACUGCCCAAACCGCCCAAACUGCACCAAAAAGGCCCGUCUCGCUGGUCGAAGCUGAGAAGGAGCAAGUCAGCCAGAAGAGCAGCCUGUACAGGAAAUUCCUCAACCUGCAUUUUUACUCGAAGAAGAAGAAGAGCGCAAGCGGCGAGUGCGAGAAUGGCUUGUCUGGGGAGGCUACCAAUGGGCGAAGCGAACCGAGUGGCGCGCACCACAAGGGCGGAAGUAACAACGGCGGAAGUAACAAAGUGCUGCUCAACGGAAGCAACACCGAGGAGGUGAAGAAGACGAACACACUGAUGAAACAAAACAUUCUCCAAAACGAAGAAGUAAAAAAAGGAGUAAAGGAUAUCCUAAAAACGUUCAAAAGUCUGAACAAUAGAAAUUACAAGCUAUCCUACAGGAAAAUCUUCCACAUCGUAAAAAAUCUGUAUUACCUGCACAAAGUUACCAAACGGGCAAGAGUCAUACGAAGGAAUAAUGGCUCCCUCCUUUUCAAUAACGACAAAAUGAAUAUCAUCCUGUCGAGCACAUGUACCCCCAUAGCAAUUGUGAAGAAGAAAUUUACCUUUGCUAACUACUUAGUGGAGGAACUCAUGUUAAGUGCAAACAAGUUAGUUGCCAUUCGUCAGUAUUUUAGUAAAUAUAGAGACGUAUCCGUUUUUAGAUGCCACAGUAUGGAUAACAUAAUCGAAACAAGUGACAUCAUUGAAGUUUUAGAGAAGCAUGGGAUUUAUUUGCAAGUCUCCGAUUUGAGACAUAUUUUGAAAUUUUUGGAUGAGGCCAGAAGUGUGAUUAAACAGAAGAGCAGAAACAUCUCCGACAUCGUGUGUGCUUAUGCUAAGAAGAAAAUGAUGAGGGCAGAAUAUCACACGUUUAAACAUAUUAAGGACAACCACAUGAGCACUUACCACUACGCGCUGUCGUUUCUUUUGUACACGCAUUUUACUUCUCCGAUAAGGCGAUAUCCAGAUAUUUUGGUUCACCGCGUCAUAAAGAAAAUCAUCAGUGACGAGAACAAGCUGAGCGGCCAGCUGUGCACCAGGCAGGAAAUCCUGGCCGCACCGGACACCUCCGACGUGGGCAUCAUUGAGAAAAUUUGCGAAAACUGUAACAACUGCAAGACAAAAUCCAAAUGGGCCCAGAUAGACUGCGAAAUUGCCUUUUUCUGCCUGUAUUUGCAGAAAAGAGACUGUCCGGGUUACAACAGGGGCAUCAUCAUGGAUAUUUACCGGGAGAAGUCCUCCAUAUUCUUCAAGUCCUUCUCAUUUGAAAAUAGCCUCUACUACAGCGGUUACGAAAAACAUAUCAGCAAAAUGAAUAAGAGUCAUCAGGAAUAUCUGAGCAACUACGUUAUACAGCCAAAUAUGGUCAAGCAGGAGCUUACACUUCAUGUUUACAAUGCCAACAAGAGAAAGGUCCUCAUGCGAAGGGUGUACAAGCGAUUCGAUUAUAUUCCCCUGUAUUUUUUCCCCUUGAACACGAUGCCGCCAUCGUAUUUCCUGGCCGUCGCCAUUGACAAGUGA